AUGUCGAACAAACAGGGCAAGAUGGCCGGUUACAUCAACUACCGGAUGAGAGUCACUCUCAACGAUGGCCGCCAGAUGACCGGACAGAUGCUUGCUUUCGACAAGCACAUGAACCUUGUUCUCGCCGAUACUGAGGAGUUCCGACGCGUCAAGAUCAGGCAAAACAAGCCUGCUGCCCCUGGAAGCUCUGGCUCGAGCCAGACGAUCGAAAAGGAGGAGAAGCGCACGCUCGGUUUGACCAUCGUCCGUGGCGCCCAUAUCGUGUCGCUGUCCGUUGAGUCGGAGCCUCCCGCAGACCCCAGUGCCAGGCUUGGAAAGAGUGCGCCGGGAGGAAUCUCGUCGACUCUUGCUGCUGGUCCUGGUGUCGCGAGACCUGCUGGCAGAGGUGCUGCCCCUGUUCCCCCUUCUCUGGCCGGCCCUGCUGCUGGUGUUGGAGGCGGCGCUCCCCCCGGCUUCCCUGGUUUCCCUGGUGCUCCGCCGUUUGGUGGACGUGGAGCUCCUCCCCCAGGCUUCCCCGGCGGUUUCCCGCCCCCGGGCUUCCCUCAGAACGCGCCCUUCCCUCCUCCGGGCUUCAACCCCGGCCCCCCUGGUGGAACUCCUGGCUUCAACCCUCCUCCCCGAAGAUAA